UGUCAAACGUCAGCGUACAAGUUUUUCAUUUUUUGUUCAGAAAUUUUUUUUUGUAAGUUUCUCACAGACUAAUAACAAAAAUUAUAAAAUUCUAAAGAACUUAAUGAAAAUAGCAACUUCAGUUUUUGCGAUAGCAAUAUAAAUCACAUUGCAAAGGAAACGUAAAGUUGCUGAAUAAAAAGCGAUAAAAUAACUGAGGCGGUGGCAGCUUCAGCUUCAGCAGCAGGGGCAGAGCAUUGCUGUUAGAGGCGUCGAAAAACAGUCAAUUUGGUAUUUGUCAAAGUGCUGAAAAUAAAAGUUUGGGCACCAUUCGUCGACUACGGUUGUUCGAAUAUCUCCAAUUUGAACCAAAGAUGUCGAAUAUGUCGGUGGGACAGAUUAUAAAUGACGCACAGCGGAUUGCUAGUCGCGUAAAAGAUUUAGAACUGUUGGGUAAUGCUUUGCUGGUAGAAGCAGAAGGCAAUAAUCGCUUGGUAGAAAGUUUGCGACAAUUUCAAGAUGACAUGGAUUCGUUGAACCGAAUUUCCAAUAACAAAUCAAAUUCCGAAAUGGUGAAUCGUAUACAACAACAAAAUGCUACCAGUUCAGAGAUUUUGAAAGAAAAUCGGGAAUUAAAAAUAUGCAUUGAAGAUUACGAACGCACCAUGGAGUUCAUAAUGCAGAAAUAUCGUGAACACACAAGCAGCAAAAUACUCGAAAGCAAAAUUAACUUUAAAGAAGUAUACAAUGAGGAACUUUGGAUUAUUAUACGGGAACAGCGUGCGAAAAUCAGAGAAAUGGCCGUCGUUAUGCAGCGCGCAGCCUCUGUGGAUGAUGAAGCGGUGCACCGCGAUAUGGAGACCAUGUCUCGGUUGCGCAAGGAAAAUCAAAUAUUGCGUGAAUUGCUACAGAUUUCAAAACAAUUCGGAUCUGCAAGCCAACCUAUACGAGUAAAUGACCAUAUGCUGGAAGAAAAGGGUGUACAAACAGAUGGUGCUGACGAUUCGGCAGAUGAGCUCUCACUAUCAGGAGCAUCAAUUGAAAAUGUGAACAACAACUCAGUAAUUUCGCUUCUACCGAAUGCAGUUGCUGUAGCUAAUGCCAUCAUUAGUGAUACCCCGAACAGCACUAAUAUGAACACUGCCGAUAACAUUAAUGCGAGUAAGAUAGCAACGUUACACACUGUUGGCGAAAAUAAUAAUGGGCCUUCGCUAGUUGGUGAAUCGGUGCCGAUUUCAAUUAUUCCUCCGAUAAAUCAUCCUGGUGCAUUAAGCACGACAACGCUCAUUACCAUAGAGAAUGCUACAGCUGUUGACACUGUUGCUAACGCUUCUGCGUUAAACGCCACUGCACCAAUAACGGGGAACACAUCUAGUGCGGUGGGUACAGCAAACACAUCCGGGUCGGUUGAGGCACCAAAAGCUGCAACAUGAUAGGGCGCGAAUCGUAGGCGAUUGUAUCGUUGUCGCCUGUCUUUGGUUCUUUGGAGUAAACAAUUUUACUUUAAUUCUACAUUUUCUUUUGUUCACAUAAUACGUAUAAUUCUAAAAUUUAUUUCUUAAUAUAUGAAAUUAUAAUCGUAAGCAUUCA